UCGCCGCGAGACUUGUCGGCCAUCUUGGACUACUGCAGCGUGAAAGUUUUGUAUACCACUUGGAAAUCUUGUACAAUCGUAUAUAUUUAUUUAUCAUCGAGGCUCAAGCAGUGACGUUUAAAAAGUCAAGAUGUCGAUGGGGUCUCUCGCCUUCGAUGAAUUCGGAAGACCGUUUCUGAUUUUGAAAGAUCAGGACAAGAAAUCACGGCUUCAUGGCAUCGAAGCUCACAAGUCUCACAUCAUGGCAGCCAAGACAGUGGCCAGCACACUGCGGACCUCCCUGGGACCCAAGGGGCUGGACAAGAUGAUGGUCAGUUCAGAUGGUGAAGUGACCAUCUCUAAUGAUGGGGCAACCAUCCUCAGCAUGAUGGAUGUUGACCACCAGAUCGCCAAACUGAUGGUGCAGCUGUCCAAGUCCCAGGAUGAUGAGAUCGGAGACGGCACCACGGGUGUUGUGGUGAUGGCAGGUGCCCUUCUUGAGCAGGCGGAGCAGCUGUUAGACAGAGGAAUCCAUCCUAUCAGAAUAGCUGACGGCUACGAGAUGGCUGCCCAGGUCGCCAUUGGUCACUUGGAUAAAAUCUGUGAUCAGUUUCCACUGGACCAGUCUCAUAGAGAGAGGCUGAUAGAGACAGCUAUGACUACACUAGGGUCCAAGAUAGUGAACCGCUGUCACAGACAGUUUGCUGAGAUUGCCGUGGAUGCGGUGCUCUCGGUGGCUGACCUGGAGAGGAAGGACGUGGACUUUGAACUAAUUAAGAUGGAGGGUAAAGUGGGCGGCAAACUGGAGGACACUAUGCUGGUCAAGGGGGUGGUCAUUGACAAGGACAUGAGUCACCCACAGAUGCCCAAGAGAAUCAAAGACGCCAAGAUAGCCAUUUUGACCUGUCCAUUUGAGCCUCCAAAGCCAAAGACCAAACACAAGUUGGACGUGACGUCAGUUGAUGAUUAUAAAAAACUGCGAGUGUAUGAGACAGAGAAGUUUGAUGAAAUGGUCAAACAGGUUAAAGACACAGGGGCCAAUCUUGUCAUCUGUCAGUGGGGAUUUGAUGACGAGGCCAAUCAUUUAUUACUGCAGAGACAACUACCUGCUGUACGGUGGGUAGGAGGACCUGAGAUAGAGCUUAUUGCUAUAGCAACAGGCGGUAGAAUAGUUCCUCGUUUCCAAGAGCUGACGACAGACAAGCUGGGCAAGGCUGGUAUAGUACGGGAACUCACCUUCGGCACAACCAAAGACAGGAUGUUAGUUAUAGAAGAAUGUCACAACUCUAGAGCUGUUACCAUAUUUAUUAGAGCAGGAAAUAGAAUGAUCAUUGAAGAAGCCAAGCGUAGUCUGCACGAUGCAUUGUGUGUAGUCAGGAACCUAGUCAAAGACCACAGGAUAGUAUAUGGGGGCGGGGCCGCUGAGAUUGCCAUGUCCCUAGCUGUCAGUCAAGAGGCAGAAAAGAUCUCCACUCUAGAACAGUAUGCUAUGAGAGCAUUUGCAGAUGCUCUAGACUCUGUCCCCCUAGCCCUGGCAGAGAACAGCGGCCAGGCUCCCAUACAGACUGUAGCUGAGAUCAAAUCAAGGCAGGUGACGGAGAAGAACCCCAGACUGGGUAUUGACUGUAUGAAUAAAGGAUCUAAUGACAUGCGAGAGCAGCACGUCAUUGAGACCCUGAGCUCCAAGCGUGCACAGAUCAUGUUGGCAGUCCAGCUUACCAAGAUGAUACUCAAGAUAGACGAUAUUAGAUCCAGUUCUGAAAAUAUGUUCUAGUUCAGUAAUCCCAGGAAUACUCUGAAGUUGAUGGACCUUGGUCACGUGUACUAGUGAGAGCACGGGUAGCAGAAACUACAGUACAAACUAUCAAGAUUGCUAUCUCAUGAACAAGGUUCUGCAUCAAUAAUAAUAUUGUUUCAAAGUCAGUACCGAGAUUGAACAACUGUGGCGGCAUUAAGCAGUGUAUCUGUCAGUGAAUGACACUUUGCUUAUUGGGGGAAGACAACAGAGGAGAGAAAGACUUCCUGUGUAAAAGUUGAGGAGUCUCGAUAGAGAUUGUAGAAUACUGAAAAGGAACGCUAUUUAACUCCAUGGGCGUCCUCAGGUGGAUCACAGGUAUAAGAAUGGAAGGUAGAUCAAGUUAUCUUGCUGCAGGUGGAAAUCACUUAUUAAUUUGCUAUCAAGAUUUUAUAAACUGUGGAUGUUUGGCAUCGAAGUUGUUGGAGUCACAUGCAUGAACAGUGCGGGAUCAAUCGUGUGGAAUUUAUAUUGUGAUUUUUUUUUUGCCAAUUAAUCUUUUUUUACGAACUUGUUUUUUAACAUGUACGUCGUGUGGUACAUGAUUGUGUGCUUUGUAAAAGAUAAUAAAUAUCAACAAGAAAAUUUUUAA